AUGGGCAUCUUCAAACCCAAGGCGUGGUUAUCUGUUGUCACUGACCUGGACAAGGCAGAACCAAGUUCCUACAAGGAAGCUCUCCUCCAUCCCAAAUGGCAUUGUGCUAUGCUUGAUGAGUAUAAAGCACUUAUUCGAAACAACACAUGGUCAUUAAUGCCUCUACCCCAAGAUCGUAAAGUCAUUGGUACCAAAUGGGUGUUUCGACUCAAACACAACCAGUUAGGUGAAAUUGAUCAUUUUAAGGCCCGAUUAGUCAUUCAAGGUUUUAGCCAAGAUUAUGGUAUUGACUAUUUUGAAACAUUCAGCCCAGUUGUCAAGUUACCACAAUUCGGAUUUCUUAUCCAUUGUCGUAUCAAACAAUUGGGCCAUUCGGCAACUUGA